GUGACGCUGAUCGUGAUGCCGGUGGACGCGGCGUGGAACGUGACGGUGCAGUGGCUGGCGGGCGACGCCGCCUGCCGCCUGCUGAUGUUCCUCAAGCUGCAGGCCAUGUACUCGUGCGCCUUCGUCACCGUGGUGAUCAGCCUGGACCGCCAGUCGGCCAUCUUGAACCCGCUGGGCUUCGGCGAGGCGCGGCGGAGGAACCGCGCGAUGCUGAGCGUGGCCUGGAGCAUGAGCCUGCUGCUGUCUGCUCCGCAGAUCUUCAUCUUCCACAGCGUGACCAUCACCCACCCGCAGAACUUCACCCAGUGCACCACCAGGGGCAGCUUCCAGACGCACGGACAGGAGACGGCCUACAACAUGCUGACCUUCUGCUGCCUCUUCCUCCUGCCCCUCGUCAUCAUGAUCACCUGCUACUCCCGCAUCCUCCUCCAGAUCUCCAGGAGGAUGCGCAAGGCCUCCUCGUCCCAGGAGGCGCCGCUGCGCUGCUCCCAGAACAACAUCCCGCGGGCGCGCAUGCGGACGCUGAAGAUGAGCCUGGUCAUCGUGCUGUGCUUCAUCGUGUGCUGGACGCCCUACUACCUGCUGGGCCUCUGGUACUGGUUCUUCCCGGACCACAUCGAGGGCAAGGUGUCCCACUCCCUCACCCACAUCCUCUUCAUCUUCGGCCUCUUCAACGCCUGCCUGGACCCCAUCGUCUACGGCCUCUUCACCGUGCGCCUACGCAAGGGCCUGCGGGGUAGCCGUGGCAACGCGGCCCCCGUGGUGGCGUCGGAGCACUGUCGCCUCGCGGCGGUGGAGCCCGCAAGGAAAGGCCCCGUCGCGGCGGCGCUAGCAGCCGGACGGCCCACUUCCAUCCCGUAG